AUGGUCAACCAGGGAUUGCUGGAUGAGCCUGUGUUUAGCUUUUAUUUGGGCAAUUCUGAGACCGACGGCGAUGAUUCUGUGGCUACCUUUGGCGGCAUCGAUAAGGAUCAUUAUACCGGUAAUCUUACCAUGAUCUCUCUCCGCCGCAAGGCUUACUGGGAGGUUGAUCUCGAUGCCAUCACCUUCGGUAGUGAGACGGCCGAAUUAGAGAACACCGGCGUCAUCCUCGACACCGGCACGUCCCUUCUUGCCCUGCCAUCCACCGUCGCUGAGAUCCUUAACCAAAAAAUCGGCGCCAAAAAGUCCUUCAACGGCCAAUACACCGUCGACUGCUCUAAGCGCAGCAGUUUUCCCGAUCUAACAUUCACUUUGGCGGGCCACAACUUCACCAUUGGAUCCUAUGAUUACAUCCUUGAGAUCCAGGGUUCUUGCAUCAGCAGCUUCAUGGGCAUGGAUUUCCCCGAGCCCGUAGGUCCUCUUGCUAUUCUCGGCGACGCGUUCCUGAGACGGUGGUAUAGCGUGUAUGAUUUGGGCAAUCAUCAGGUUGGGUUGGCGAAGGCUAGGGAGUGA